AUGGGCUCCGUUUCUUCCGUCCCGGCAGACUCGGGCGCCGCGCUGAUUGUCCGGGACCCUGCUCGGUUCUUCAUCUCGCUCAUUUCAGUCGCAGUGCCGACCAACAACAACACACAAUCUUCUUCUUCUUUAGCAACAGCAGCAGCAGCAGCCCAAACUUCACAAUCUCAAUCAGCACUCUCUGACCGUGCAAUUAUUGGCUCACCUGGAUCUCAACUGGCAUUGCCUAAUUAUACAAAUGUCUUUCAAACAUCGUUUGAUCUUAAUUUAAAAACAAACUCAGUGGACUUUUCAACAAAAGCACUUGAUUCUAAGCAGCUCAUGGAGUACAUUCUGGACCCAGACCCAAGAGGAAACUUUCCAUUCUUACCAAAACUACCUCCUUUCUCUGUCCUCAAGUUCAAAAUCCAAGUUUCAGCCCCUCAAUCUGCUCCAAUUAAUAAUCUUACCCUCAUUGUGGCUCCCUCUAUAGAAGCACUUGACAAUCUGCUACUUCACGAAUUUCUUGACAAUCCCAAUAUUCAAAACGAAGAAAACGUUGUUUUACUUGGUGAUUACUCGGCUCCAUGUUCUUUUGAGUUUGUCUGGAAAUCUUUCCCAUCUUUAACAAGCCCAGAAUUUAAACAUGACUCUCGUGGAACUAGACUUAUCUUUUGCUUUGCAGAAUAUGAUAAGCGUGAUCAUAGUUUACGUCAAUUGGCCCGUUUUGCCGUCUGGAUUCAAAACCAACAAGACCCUCCUCUUCUUCCUCCUACUCUCCCACCUAAAACCCUUCUUUUACCUAAAAUCAAUACAGACCGCUUGGAACCACUCCCAGAACUUACUGAAGCAUCUCCACCACCACCUCGUCUUUCUUCCCCCCGUCUCAUCUCUUCUUCUUCACCUUUACAAAUAUACCCAUCUGAUUUAACGUCUCGCAUGGGUGCACGCUCUGCAUCCCCAAAUAUCUCAAAACUCCCAGCCACUGCUCAACCCUCUUCUUCUUCUUCUUACUACUACCCAUCUUCCCCAGACUCGGUAGACCACCACUUUACCUUCCAAUCAACAACCCCUCGACGUGGAUCCGCAGAUACUUACUCAUUCGAUCCCUCCGCAAGCUCUCAUUCUGUCAAUGCUUACCCUUAUUCAACUUCUUCAAGUUUGGAUCAUGAUCUCUCUCCAAUACCCCAACCCCAGUAUCAACCCCCUCCUCCUCCCCCUCCACAAGGCCCACCACCACCACCACCGCCGCCUCCUCAUAUUACUACUACUACUACUACUACCACUGUUAAUACUACAUCAUCCCAGCAAACUUUAAUAAAUGCCGACCCGGUGAAUUCUAAUUCGACAAACGCGCAAACAAAUACAACAACCAAUACAACCGCCAUUCCCUCCUCCUCUUCUUCUUCUACCAUAUCUUCCCACCCUCACGUUGUUUCUUCUCUUAUUCUACCUGAAGAUUCUACCACCAAUCUUUUUACAACCACAACCACCACCGCAGAAUCAAUCAUGGAAACGCGAGCCCGUGAAAAACGUGCGCUUUUCAUCCCUCGUCCUCGCGACGACACUAUUCUUCAACCAGAAGAUGGCCCCAUGUUUCGCGCGCAAAUCGCCGAAUACGAACGUAAAACAAGCACCCUCAAAACUAAGGUUAAAAAGUUCCUCAAACGUGCCCUUUUGGUCCACGAACGCCAAAUGGCUCUCAUCGAGGCUCACAUGUUUUUCCUAGAAAGUAUCCAGGAUACUGUCAUAUCGGAAGCAUUACCUUUGCAAACCCUCAUUCACUACUACUUCAACAACAAGUCCAAUUCAGCUUACUUCAACCUCGACCUUCUCCGCCGUUCCGCUGCUAAGCUACAAGAACACGUCAUCGAACCCGCACGUAAACUUUACGACCAGGAAAUUAAAACUUUUGACCAGCGCAAAAAGGAAUUUGACGAAGAAUCACGCGAAUACUACAGCUGGCUUUCCCGGUACCUCUCCGUCAAACAAGAAGCAAAGGGCAAGAAAAAGUCUGAUAGUGACUCCAAAUAUAUUGAAAAACGGCGGGCUUUUGAACUACGCCGGUUCGAUUACUUUACUUACUUACAAGACUUGCACGGCGGCCGCAAACAACAAAUAGUCAUGCACCAACUGGCCAUUUUUGCCGAAGCUGAAGUCAACACCCUCAUUAAUAUUAGCGACCGCAUCCGAAGUAAUAACAAGCCGGAAAUAGACCACAUUGCUAACGAAGUCAAAAGUGCAGGCCGCGAGUGGCAGCGACAUCGUGAAGACCGUGAGGACCAACGACGCGCCAUUGAACGUGCAACCCGCGACCCGCCUCCAACAUCUUCCAGUCACGUAAUUUACGCAGACCUGGCUCCCUCUCCUUUGAUUGAGUCAUUUAACUCAAACUCUAAGACAUCACUAGGAAUAUCAGCAGCAGCAGCAGCAGCAGCAGCAAUCUCAACACCAUUAUCAUCGUCAUUGUCGUCUGCUACAACUUCAGGAGCUGCUGCUACCACUACCACUACUACUAAUACUACUACUAAUACUAAUACUAAUACUAUUAUCACGCCUUCUGCUACAACUUCGCUCCACCAUAGAAAUGCAUCUUUCAAUACAAUUUCGCCGGAUUUCGACGACUCCUUAUUCAGCUCCAAGUUUGGCAAAUCCACCGGAUUCGCUUCUUCCUCCCCAGCAAACACUGACUCUACAAUAAGCCCCACUCUCUUUACCCCAAACACCGCUGAUACCCGCAUGAUGACAACACCUCCUCCACAACAAUCCCAGUCUUCCCAACUGACUGGCUCUACUAUUUUGUCACCUUCCAACCAAACGGUUUACGAUACAGAUGAACAACAACGUAGCACAAGCACAACACUACCAAUUAGUGGCGGCACACCAAACAGUGGCAACAGUAGUAGCAUUACAGGAUCUUCCAUGACAAACACAAAUGGAAUCUCUGGAACCAGCAUCAACAAACAAGGACUUGUCUGGGCCAUGUCACGGCCUGGCGGUAUCAAUGACCAAAUCAACCUCAACAAGCCCGGUUGGCACAAGUUUUGGGUCGUACUAGCUGGCGGCAAGCUCUGCGAGUACACCAACUGGAAACAAGGCGCCAUGGACCUCCACAAUGAGCCCAUCAACCUCCGCAUGGCCCUGGUCCGUGAAGCUCGCAACGCAGAACGACGCUUUUGCUUCGAAGUGGUGACGCCAAACUACAAGCGAGUUUAUCAAGCAACUUCCGAAGACGAUAUGCUUUCAUGGAUAAGGGCUAUCAACCACGGUAUUUCUUCCAGCUUGGAGGAUGUGGCCAAAAGUGCAGGCAGCUCGGAAAGCUCUAUUCCAAUGGCUACCGGAGUUAACAGCUCUGGUACUCGCUUGUCUCACGACCAAUCCUCGUCCGCCUACCAUCACCAUCAUCAUCAUACCUCUGCUUCGCUCUCCCAUAUUAAAACAGAUGACACUAAACGCGAGCUCGGCGAUUUCCGUGGGGAAUUGGCUAAACUUAAUGUGAGAAAGGUUUCACUUCACCGAAGAGUCAGCAAGGGGGCCAACUCGCAUGAAAAACCUUCCUCGCAACUCCCACCGCCACCCAUGCCAACCAUUAAUGGCAACUCGCGCAUUGUCGAUUUGGUCCGCGGCUUGGAUUCCAGUAACCAUUACUGCGCUGACUGUGGUCAGCAAUCCAAGGUCGAAUGGAUUUCCAUUAACCUGCUUGUGGUGCUAUGCAUAGACUGCUCCGGUGUGCACCGCUCUCUGGGGACCCAUAUAUCUAAGGUGCGCUCGCUCACCCUCGAUACAGUUUCCUUUACCAAUGACUUUAUUGAUCUUGUCAAGUGUGUCAACAACAACCUGGUCAACAGCAUCUGGGAAGCAAAGCUCCCCAAACCAAAGCAAACAACCAAGAUUAUCGAGAAUCGCGUUGCCUUUAUCCGUGAAAAGUAUAUUGAAAAGAAGUAUGUCGACAUGGUAAGCAAACCCAACGCAGUCCUGCGUACAGCUGUCCAAAAUAAAGAUGUUUCGGGGAUUUUGUCUGCACUAGCAUCUCGCGCAAAUGCCAGCACUCCCAUGGACGCCGAGGGUGAGCCCGAGUCACCGCUCGUGUACUCAUUACGCAUGACCCCUCCAGGCUCAACUACAUUCCCCAUUGCCGAGCUGCUGGUACUCAACUCGGUAGAAGGUGCUCUCCCUACUGUGUCCGCUGCAGCUGCAAGUAAGUUGUCACCUGCAGCGCUGCUUUACUUGAAAAAUAAAGGUGGCACUAUCGCUACCCGUGCACCACAACCAGCCCCAAUUAACACGGCUGCAGCUGCUGCAACAACAGGGCAAUCUACAGGACUUACAACCCCUAUGACACCAGCACCUAAGAGUAGUACCAGUAUUUCCAAUACUCCUGGAGGCACGUCGCUGGGCGUCUCUUCAGCUGGCUUGUCUCAAAGCAAUAGCGCCAAUAGUAACAGUUCAUCGUACUAUAGCGCAAGCAACACAAGCAGCAUGCUGACGCCUAUCAAGACUUCUGGGCUGUCGAUUGUCGAUAAGAAGAUUAAUUCACUGGCGCCGUCUGCUGCAGCACUUGCAUCUGCGGGCACAGGGUUGUCGUCGUCACCGUACCAGGUACAGGCGCAGGCGCCAGUUGCAAAUAGUACUCAUGCUGGCAACGGAGAAGGAGCAGGAGGAAGCCACUAUGGAAGUAUUAGCGGCGGGUCGUUGUCGUCAUCGUCGUAG